UAUGGAUUAUUUAGGCAUUCAGCUUGGUUAAAAAUGGGUGUAUAACACUGAACAUUUUUUAACUGUCAGAAGGGAGAGAGCUCAAACGGGUCACGUGGGGGAAAGGGUGUGCAGCUGAGGAUGUCAGCAAUGCUGUGCAAUCACACAUUUCCACCUCCCUUCCCCCAGCUGAAGAAUAAAAAGCAGCGAGAGAGUAGCCGUAUAAACAAAGGACAGGGAGAACGUUGUGAAGCAGCUUCAUCCAUUCUGCAUCCCAUAAUCCGGUUCAGUCAACGUUUGUCAAGAGAGAGGCUGCACACAGCCUCAGGGAUCGGGAUUAUGAAUGGGGACACUAUAAAAGCCAAAGCCAUUCACAGACCUCCUAUACUACAGGGGAAGAGAACAUCACCUGUGAAAUCUACAGGAAAACUGCCUGCAAAUUAAAAACAUGAGAAACAGAGGAGAGCUAUAGGAGGAGGAGAGAUCUGAGCUGCGGUAGCUGAAAAAGGUUUCUGUACAUCUAAAUUCAUCGUACAAGCAUGAAAGUCAUCUGACAAAUCCAAAGAAUCCAGAAAGAUACUUGAGGGGACUGUACACAAGUGGAAAAAAAAUGAAUUGUCUGCAAUUCGAUACUGACAAGAUCACCCGAAGUCAUCUCUUGGCUUUGGCUGGUCAUGACACAGCUAUAUUUCCAAAGCUUAAAAAUCAGUGUGUUUGCUAGCCAGCACUAAAAAUCAUGAGGUGGAAGCGCAGACGCUGCUGCACGCACAUUGCCGUCCUCCUCAUUCUGCUCAUGUGUGUGGGAGGGCUUGUUGUUCGGUGUCAAUGGAGGCACCCUAGGAUUAACCCGGUGACACUGGCAGCUCGAGAGGUCCACAUCAUGAAAACGGACUCCAACUCUAGCACGAUAACACAGAGUAAAUUUAAAGACCAUGGAGUGCCCCCUACACCACUAAUGUUUGAGGUCAGCCUGAGCUCUUCUUUGGAUGAAAGUUCACAGCAUGAGUUGGAAACCUCCUUGGGCUCGAAUGUCAGUUUAAGUGGCGAGAUGAGAGCAAAAAGGACACUUUUGGUUGAGCCGUACAAGUACAUCCUUAACGAGCCAUAUGCAUGCAUGCAGAGAGCUCCCUUCUUGGUGCUUCUCAUUGCAGUUGAGCCCAAGCAAGUGGAGGCAAGGAAUGCCAUCAGGCAAACAUGGGGCAACGAGAGCUUGGCCGGAGGCUUGAGAUUUGUCCGCCUUUACCUAAUGGGUGUUAAGGAAGACACCCAGGAAACAGACAGCAAACUCCAGCGCACAAUAGAGGCUGAAAGUCAUCAGCAUCAUGAUAUCAUCCAGCAAGACUACCUGGAUACUUACCAGAACCUCACCCUCAAGACUCUUAUGGGGAUGUACUGGGUCGCAACAUACUGCCCCGGUGCCAGCUAUGUCAUGAAGACUGAUAGUGACAUGUUUGUCAAUACUGAAUACCUCAUAAAAAAACUGCUGAAGCCCGAGGAGCCACCAAGAGAGAAAUAUUUCACAGGGUACCUCAUGAGAGGAUAUGCGCCAAAUCGAAAUAAACACAGUAAAUGGUACAUGUCCCCAGAACUGUACCCCAGUGAGCGAUACCCCAUCUUCUGUUCUGGUACUGGGUAUGUGUUUUCAGGUGACAUGGCACACAGGAUCUAUGAAGUGUCUCUAAGCAUUCGCAGGCUGCAUUUAGAAGAUGUUUACGUGGGCAUCUGCCUUGCCAAACUGAGGAUAGAACCAACGCCACCACCAAAUGAAUUCCUGUUCAAUCACUGGCGAGUGUCCUAUUCCAGCUGCAAGUACAGCCACCUGAUAACCUCUCAUCAGUUUCACCCCAAUGAGUUGCUCAAGUACUGGCAGCAUCUACAGAGCAACAAGCACAAUGCCUGCAACAACAUGCCAUUGAAAAUUUAGGACAAAAUGAGCAGAAAACUGCUCUGGAAACCGAAGUUUGGAUCAGCGUGGAUGAAGAACAUUUAGGUCUUUGAGGUUUUGCCAAGCACAACAGAUAAAAGCACAUGAGGGUUUUGCACAACCCUACCUGUGGUUUUUAUUUUUUCAUUGUUGUAACAUUAAAGACAUGUUAUGAAUAUUUAUCUGCCUUUAUAAAUCUAUGACAGAUUAAAAUGCGUAAAAAAUUAUCUAUUGUGUUUUGAUAAAUAUUGUGAAGAAAGGUGGUUUUAUUUCCUAAUAAAUUAUUUCAGAUUUGUAAAAAAAAGCGGCAUUGUUGAAAAUCACAAAAUCUAUAAAGUAUGAAGCAUGAACUUACCUACAAUGCCAAUUCACUGAAAAGCUUCAAGACAAUUUUCAAAAACAAAUGUUUUUUUUUCAUUAAAUUAUCAAUAAGAAUCAAUCAUGAAACACGAGCAGAAUACAUUUUUGUAAAUCGUUCGUGAAGUUGUUGUGCCGAAAAUUUCUGGAUUCAUGAAAUUUCUUAUUUUCAAAAUGUUAGUUGGUACGAACAAAAUGUACACCUGCUUUCGACCACGUGUAAAUUUCAAGACAUCCAAAGGCUUUUUGUUUUUUCAGGCAAACUACAAUGACUAAACUAAGAAUUAAAUUAGUAUUUAAAUUACUGGAGAGUAAUUUAAAUUAUCGUAAAAAAUGUUUUUAAAAGUUGUGUCGUUUUCUUUUUGAACCAUAUAAUGAAUAAACACGUUUCUUUGAUACUUGCAUUUGUUUCUUCACAGUUUAUUCGCAACUCCGCUUCAUAAAUUGUAUAUCGUUUUUUUCAGUAGAAUUGCCUGGCAUGGGGCGGAAAGUUCGUGGAAAGCCGUAGUUUUUGUUUUAUUUUCUCAAAAAUA